UCUGUCCUUUCAUGCUCUCGAGACAUGGACGAAAUACACUACUCAGAGUUCGAGAACCCGAACUUUGAUGCAAAGGAGCUGGUUCAGCGAUACAGGAAGCGUGUGCCGCUUCCACAACUCCAGAAGCUACUGCGGACGCAUCAUGGGAACACGCGACAAGAGCUAGUGGAGCUGAUUAACGAGAAGUAUGCAGACUUCGUCAGCCUCUCUUCUCGGAUGCAAGGUGUUGAACGGGCGCUGAAGCCCUUGCGAGCACCUUUGGAGGAGUCAAGUGAGCUCACGAAGGGCUUACAUGCGAAACUCGGAGGUUUGUUGCAAAAAGCAGAGGAAGCUCACCAGGGGUUGGCUCGGAUUCGCUCGCGAAAAGAGGCGCUGCACGCCUACAUUGAGAAUGCCCGUUUACUGGAAAAGCUGCGAGCGACUACAAAAAGCUCUUCUGCGAGCGAUUCUCCAGAGUCAAAGAACUUUCGCGACGAACGAGCCUUGCAGGAGAGCAUUGCACGAGACCUUCGCCGAAUCCAUCUCAAUUUGGCCAGUGUCAGUGAGUCAUCAGAGUGCGCAGCCCUCUUGGUGGAGGCCAAUGCAUUUCAGGAGGAUUUUAGCAAGCGGCUCGAAGAAAAGUUGAGGCUGCUGCUGAGAGCCUCGAAACGAAGCUGGGAGGCCGUCCAAACUCCGGAUGCUGGUCUCCCUCGCUCAGAACUGCUGGCGAUCUCCCACACAUGUCGAGCAUUGUGCACCAUUGGGCAUUCCCAGUUGGUUGAGGCCAUCUUUGCGGAUGUCUUUACCAAGGCCACCCUGCAGGAACAGAGCAAUGCCUGCAAUGCUGCCGCAGAGGAAGCCAAGAGAAAGGCGAUGACCAUGGCUGAUGCCACCGCAGGCUCCAAAGUGGUCAGCGCCGGUGCUGUGGAUUUGGCGAUUUUCUUUGAGUCGAUUCAGAAGGUUUUCUUCACAGAGGCGUCUCAACUGCUUUGGUUUGCGCGGCGCUUCCGAGGAGGAACAGCUGGAGAUGAAGGGGUAGAGGUUCCUUCCGUCAAGCUGGUGGCAUACUCCGUGGUGCUACCAGCCUUGCGGCAAGUUCAGGAGGUGUGGCCCAACGUCUUCAUGCCAGCGUUUCCGGACAUUUUCGCGGCCAACUUCUCCCACUUCACCAACUUCUUGCAAGCUGCGGAGGAGGUCAUGGACAAGAGCGAAGCUGAUGAGCUGCGUCAAAAUGUGCUGGGUGACUUCCAGAAGAGGUGGAAAACGCAGGUCUACUGCUCCCUCCGCACCAAGGAGGCAGCUCAAAGAGUGGAUGCAGCUGCACAAAAGCUAUCGACCGAUCAGCUGGCACAAAGACAUUCUGCAGCUGGUGGCGUGUAUUGGCUUGAGGUCUCUGCUGAGCUCAUGCGGACAACCGACCUGGUGUGGAAUGCUUGGUACCUUAGUGGCCUUUAUCCCAAGAUGGCGCGCUUAUCCCUGGAACUCAUUGCAAAGUAUGGCAAAGUGAUUGCUGGCUUUGCGGAAACGAGCUCAACAACAGGUGGCCUGGGCUGGGAUGCCUCGGCAUCGCCCCCGACGUGGGAGGCGUCUGCACUGGCCGUCCGCCUCUCUCGGGCCGCUUCGGAUCUACUGCAGGUGGUGUCCAGCUUGUCUGAAAAUGGCUCCAUAGCCAAGCCCUUUAUGGACAGGCUGCCUCUUGUCAGCGGCGAGCAAGGUGAAGAGCUGGCAAAAGCCCUGCUGGAGGAUGCGGCCAAGAGUUUGCAGCCCACUUUGCAAUUGCUGCAGGAUGGGAUGUUGAAGCAAGUGGUGGCCGCCAUGGGAACUCCUUUCGCUGCCAUACGUGGCAUACCUGCGUUCUACCGGAUGCUCAACAAGCCGGUGCCAAGCAAGGCAUCGCCCUAUGUGGAGUCGUCCAUCAGGCCACUGACGGCUUUUCGGGAAGUCCUGGUGCACUCCACCAUCAGUGACCAGAAGAUCAUGAACUGCUGGCUACAAGAUAUGGUGGAAGGAGCUGCUGAAGAGUUCACGUCACAGGCAACCCAGCUGAUUGAAAUGACUCAUCAGCAAGAGGCUUCUCUUCGACGUUUGGCUGGUCGUGGCGGUAGCGGUGGCGAUGAUCAGGUCUCCGAUUUGGACAAGAUCUACAUCCAACUCUGCAUCGACGUUGACACCUUCAUUGACAUGGCCUCCACGGUAGCUCGAGGGUCUCCACCAGGACUCAACAGACUGAAAGAGGCAGUUGCUGGCAUCCGCCGCGCCUGAAAGUGACAUGCUGGGCCAACGAAUGCCCGGUCAAAGGCAGCCAACACGGCAGCUUCGAUGACUUGGAAACGAUUCAAUCAGAGCCACCGGGAAAGGCUUAAAGAAA